AUGACCGAAAAUCCGAUAUUUUCGAUUGCGGCAUUUCUUGAUUCAUUUACACUCGAAGAUCUUUCUCUCGAUGAGAUCAAUGAAGCUGAAUUAUUGAUCAUGCAAUCAAUGAAAGUUACUUCGAAUUCAAGAAAAAUAGCAUUCUCGACAGCAACUGUACGAGAAAGUAGAGCAUCAUCGAAUACACCAUCGACCGCACCUUCAUCAAACAAUCCACCGAAAUAG